CCUUCCUUCCCCUCCCGUUUUUCUCCUCCCCCAUAGCUGCCCGGCCUGCUGGAAGUCCUGGUGGAGUAUUUGCGGCGCUGCCUGAUGGAGGUCUUUGGAAUCCUGGAGGAGUACGAGGUGGGUAUUUGCCCAGGGCAAAGCUCACUGUGUGGGUUGGAGAGCGCCCACCUGCUCUGGCAGCUUGGCGGCGGAGAUACCACUGAGCACAUCCAGACCCACUUGGAGAGCAAGAGAGAGCGCUCCGCGGCUGAGAGCAAUGGAAAUGCUCGGGAAGGGCAGGCUGCUCCAUCUGACAGCUCCUCAGCAAUUGUGGAGGAUGAGCCUCGCAGCAGAGACGAGGCACUGCUCUGCCUCACCCACGACUGGCAGGACUCUGUGGCGAAGCGCUGCAUCUGUGUCUCCAACAUCAUCAGGAGCUUGUCGUUUGUGCCGGGCAAUGACGCCGAGAUGUGCAAACACACCGGGCUGCUGCUGAUCCUGGGGAAAAUGCUGCUCUUACACCAUGAGCACCCAGAGCGCAAGCAGGCAGCCCUGAGCUCAGAGAGAGAGGAGCUGGAGCAGGACCAGGGGCUGAGCUGCGGCCAGGAGGAGUGGUGGCGGGACUGCCUGCAGGAACUGCGUGAGAACACCCUGGUGACGCUGGCCAACAUUUCCGGCCAGCUGGACCUGUCCCCUCUCCCAGAAAGCCUCUGCUUGCCCAUCGUGGACGGACUCCUCCACUGGGCAGUGUGUCCAUCAGCAGAGGCCCAGGACCCUUUUCCAGCGCUGGGGUCGAAUGCCGUCCUCUCCCCUCGGAGCCUGGCUUUGGAAACGCUCAGCAAACUGAGCACCCGGGACACCAACGUGGAUUUGAUCCUCGCGGCUCCCCCCACCAGCCGCUUGGAGAUGCUGUACAGCAGCCUGCUGCGUUUGCUCCGCGACAGAGAGAGCCCGGUGUGCAGAGAGAUGGCGGUGGUCCUACUGGCCUCCUUGGCGCAGGGGGACAGCCUGGCAGCGAGGGCGAUUGCCUCGCAGGAGAGGAGCGUCGGCGACUUGCUGGGCUUCUUGGAGGACGGCCUGGCCGCCGCGCGGUGCCAGCAGAGCCAGGCCGGCCCGGUGCCCGAGCAGAACGCGCCCUGCGAGCCGCCGAGCGUGGACAUGAUGCGCCGAGCGGCUCGGGCGCUGCUCGCCCUGGCUGAGGUGGGCGAGAGCCGCUCGCAGUUCACGCUGCACGAGUCGCGGCUGUUGGACAUCUCCGUGUCGCCCGCGGUGGAUUCCUUGGUCUCCCAGGUUAUCUGCGACGUGCUGUUCUUCAUUGCCCGGCCCUGACAGCUGCGGGGUGCAGCUCACCCUGCGUGAGCGUGCGUGAGCGGAGAACUGAGAAGCCGACGGUUGCCCUUUAUUUAUGCACAGCCACCUCGGGAAUCCGCUGCCUGCCCUGCGCUGUCCUGCUUCUCUCUUGGAGGAUGAUGUCCCCAUUUCCUUUCCCCUUCUCCUUCACAUUUCUUCAAAUUUGUCCCAAAUCCCUCAUUAAAAGACACAAAAUUCUUUCUACGCGGAGGACUCUCACAUUUUGUUUUAGCCAAAGUUACUGUCUUCUACUGUGCGUGUGGGGAGAACAACUUGUCCCCCUUUCCCCAUCCCUUUCUAGCAUGACGAGUCACCGCGCUGAUGACCUGCAGAGCGAGAUGCAGGUAUUUGAUCUCUUGCCAGGCGUCCCUCCCUGGGGGAUGCUGUACAGGGCUCUGCCUUUUCAGUCAUUGCUGCCUCAGCACCACUCAACUUGCAGUGUCUUUUUCCUGCUUUUGUUUCCUUUCUAAUCGAGGUGUGAGAAAGCCCUAGGACUUCCAGCCGAAGUUGCAGAUGCAGACACACAACUGUCAUUUUUCAGCGAUGACUUCUGCACUGGGAACCCAGAACGACUGGGGAGGGAACAAAGGGGGACACUGAGGGCGGCCCAGGGGCUCCCAGAGCUACUUGGACAGGGACCGAGGGGACAUGGGGGCACAGAACCACCAGGGAGGGGACAAUGGGGGGAUGCUGGGUGCACCAAAACCACCAAGGGACAGCAGGAGAACACAGGAGUAAUGUGGGGCCCCCAAAGAGUGAGAUUAUGGGGGCAUCCCAUUGGGGUUAGGGGCUCCUAGAGGUCCUGACUUUGGGGGGAGGUGAUGGUCUUGGUGGUGGGAGGGUUAGGAGGUCUCUCAUUGGGGCUGGGGACUCUGGGGACUCCAAGGGCUCCUAUAUGAUUUGUUGGAGGGGGUCUUACUGGUCUUGGGAGGACUGGGGAGUCCCAUUGUGGCUGGGGGUCCCGUUGGGUUGUGGGGCUCUCUGGGCUCCUGUUUUAAUGGGGAGAGUCCUAACAAGGGCUGGGAGGGUGUGUGCAUUCCCAGGGGUCCUGUCUUUCUUCCAGGUGCUUUAUUAUAUUUGGGAAGAAAUGGGGAGUCCCAUUGAGGCUGGAGUUCCCAUUGGCACUGGGGGAUUUUGGAGGGGUUGUGAGGUCCUGGGGCAACGUGAGGGGACUCCAUAGGGGUUGGGAUCCCUGGGUUUGCAGUCACCCCCCAGGGACCUGCAGCCUGGAG